UGGUACUAUCGGACCACAAUUAUAGAUCUACAUAUACAUCGUAGAAAUUGGCCUCCUAGCCAGUCAAGCCUACCCUCAAAUUGUCUUCGGCCAAUCAUGAACUUCAGUGCUGGCUUUCUUCGAUUAUCUGCUCCCAGAUUCAGCAGAUCGCUUGCAACUGUAACCCACACACCCCGCUCGGCACCACAAAGACAUGACUGGACGCGACAAGAAAUUCAAAAGAUCUACGACAGUCCUCUGUUAGACCUUGUCUUCCGCGCAAGCAGCAUUCAUCGUCAGAGUCAUGACCCUAGCAAGAUCCAGCUAUGCACACUCAUGAAUAUCAAGACUGGUGGAUGCUCUGAGGACUGCUCGUACUGUUCUCAGUCGUCCAGAUAUUCCACUCCGACGAAGGCCUCACGUUUGCUUGAUAUCGAACCUGUCAUCGAGGCAGCACGAAAAGCCAAAGAGAAUGGAAGCACAAGGUUUUGCAUGGGUGCAGCAUGGAGAGACCUCGCAGGACGCAAGAGAGGGUUUGAAAGAAUUCUUCAAAUGGUCCGAGAGGUCCGGGGUAUGGGGAUGGAAGUCUGCACGACUCUUGGCAUGCUCUCUCCAGAGCAAGCAAAACAAUUGAAAGAGGCCGGCCUCACUGCGUACAAUCAUAAUCUUGAUACGUCGCGUGAAUUUUACCCGCAGGUCAUCACGACGCGGUCGUACGACGAGCGCCUUGGCACUAUUAGUGCAGUUCGAGAUGCUGGAAUAAGUGUCUGCUCUGGCGGUAUAUUGGGUCUCGGAGAGUCAGAUGCGGAUCGCGUCGGCUUGAUUCAGGAAGUUGCCAAUAUGCCGGAACACCCUGAAUCCUUCCCUGUAAAUGCACUCGUACCCAUACCAGGCACUCCACUCGAAGGAAAUGAACGGGUCGCUCACCAUACUUUACUGCGGACGAUCGCCACCGCGCGUGUUGUCCUCCCAGGAACAAUAAUCAGACUUGCAGCGGGGAGAAACACGCUCAGUGAAUCUGAGCAGGCCAUGUGUUUCAUGGCUGGUGCUAACGCCGUAUUCACGGGAGAACAAAUGUUGACUACUCCAUGUUCUCCGUGGGACGAGGACAAGGCGAUGAUGGGUCGGUGGGGGCUAGAGGGAAUGCAAAGCUUUGAGCAAGCAAGCGUCGCAAGAAAGGAAGGCACUGCGCUAGGACCGCAACCUACGAGAAUAGUCUCAGAGUCGCAAGCAGAGUCGUCAUAGAAUCCCAGGUAUAUUUGCUAUCCAUUACAAGAUGCAAGCAAGGGACAUCAUCUCGCUAUGUUGGUAGGCCAGCGAUUUGUGUAUGUAUGUGCAUCUACAUUUUUUGUAACCACGGCGUACGCCUGCGGACUCGCCGGCGAUAAUUCCCAAGUGCAACCGUUCGCGCGAAUAUUACUAACUUCAGGUACAACUGACUUCUGCUGGAAAAGCUGUUGCAAUAUAGCCCUCCUCGUUUUCCGGAGAGCGUGCUACAUUUGCACUGUAUUGCAUUCCCUGUUACAGAAGUCAGAAACCGUCCUCAAGACCAGGGACCAUACUUCACGUAUGAACUUGAAGUCAAGGCAGACGGGCUUCAUGGCCUGUUGAUCAUAGCAUGCACCGCCUCCACGGAAGUCCGACUGAAAAAUACAGUC